ACCGAGAUAAGUUUUAUGUCCUAUUGUAGUUUGUUUUUUUUAAUGUGCGAAAUUUUAAGCCAGAUAUACAAGAGAGUGCAAUCAGCAAUGUGGUUAACAAUAACAGUGGUGAUUGGUUCAAUAGUUGCCUGCAGAGGAGUCUACAACUUUGCCUACUCUCUUGAAGAGCUUUAUUCUAAUUGUGAGAGAACUGGAAGAAAAAACGAAACUAUCGUUUGCUACAAUAUGACGGAUAUUAUCAGCUGGUCUGGACUCCAUCCAUUUGCUUUCAAAGCGGCUUCAAAUCUUGAUAUCGUUGGCACAGUAGAAGGAGUAAGAGCUAGGUUACAUCCAGUCAGUUACAACGAAAUGUCCAACUUUAUAAGAAUUCGAAUCAGAAAAAUUAAUUUGGAUUCUUUAGGACCUCGAUCAUUUCAUAGACUAAAUAAUCUGGAAAAGAUUCACUUGAUUGAUACUGGUAUUAGAGUCAUAGAAAACAAUGCAUUUUCUUCAUUGCCUAAGUUAGAGCAGGUGCUCUUCAUUGGGAAUAAAAUUACUUUCUUUAAAUACGAGAUUUUUUUUGGGUGUCCAAUGUUGAAGUUACUGGAUUUUUCAAAUAACCAGAUAAACGAGACCACGGAUAUGGUAUUCGAUAUACUUGGCACACUAUCAUUCAUAAGACACAUCAACCUUAGUAAUAAUAGGAUCAACAGCUCGUUUAAAAAAGUUUCUAAUAUUUACCCUGACUAUGACCGUAUUAGGAGUUUGUGGUAUGCGCAUAACAAAUUUACAGAACUAAGAGUAGGAUGGUUCAGAUUAAGAAAAAAGUUAGAAAUCAUCAAUUUUGCAUAUAACGAGAUAGAAUAUAUAGAAGAAAACACAUUUAACAACAAUCCGAACUUGCAUACGAUCAUUCUAUCCUACAACAAGUUAAUAACUAUUCCUAUAACGAUGAUUCCGGCAAAUUUUUAUCCGAAUUUGAAAUAUCUAGCGAUGGACCACAACUUGAUCAUGGGAUUAGAUACUAGCAAGCAAGGUCCCUUUAGACUUUUAACCAACUUAAAAAAAAUAACGUUGGCUGGAAAUCCGUUUUACUGCAGUUGUCUUAACGAAGUUCUCAACCAAAUAAAGCACUUGAACAUACAACAGGUGUGUAGCGAGGAGGAACACACAAGGGACAUUUGUAUCGCAGAAGAAGAAAAUUUUAACACACCGUGUCAUUUAAUUUCAGCAAAUGAGAGUGCCCAGAAUCGUGACGAUUUCAUUAGAGAAAAUAGCGCAUAUCCAAUUUCCUUUGAUCCGAUGUAUUGCGUUGUUGAGGAAUUUAUUAUUCCAUAAAUUUAUUGUUAAUAAUAAAAAUCAUGUAAACUUGAGUUUAAUUAUACUUACAAUAAUA